AUUCAAAGAGAGAUGCCAUAUUGUGAAACAAAAAGAGAAUAUAAGAGUGAAUUGCAGAAUUUAUAUGUAUAGAAGUCAUUACCAUUUUUGGAUAUUGUAAAGGUCAUUUAUACCUUAUUUUAGGCUGGAAAUCCCCUUCGGCAAAUACUGAUGGUGGCAGGUUGUGAACAUGGAAGCAUGAUGGUCCUCUUUGGGUAUCUAAGUCAGGGCCAUGAACAGAGCACCAGACAACGUUGACUCCACCAAACUGCCCAGCUCAAACGAGUCGGAAGCCCAGCCUCGCACUCCGUCCCCCGACGGCGUUGGUGCUUCUUCACUGGACCGUGCAAGCAACAGCCAGACUUCCAAGACGUUGAAAUUUCUCCUAACAGUUCCCCAGAAUGCGAUAGCUGGGGGAUCAGUGUCCUACACGCCUGUUUCUAGGCAGUUAAAUUCUUAUUACUCAGAAUCUGAAGAAGAUUACGACGACGAAGAAAAUAGUGAUUUUCGUCUGCAUAACGAACGCCCGAAACCUUCAGUUCCUCCAUCUCCCUCGAAUAUCAGCUCUAAAAGUUCGUUGCUAAGCGGUGUCUCAGUCCUACCGGCUACGACCACUGUCUCGUCACUGAGAGCUUUCAGUGGCAUCACCAUCCGAUCUGUGGCAGACAACGGCAAUCAGAAAGAAGAACAAUUUUCCGAGUCGGAUUCUGAUAGUGACGAAGGAUCGUAUUCAAGCCUCGGCAACUUGGUUGGUGCCGGUGCUCGUAGCUCCAUCGCCAUCAGCAGCAACGCAUCGGGCGCCGUAAAGAGUGUCACCGCAAAAUCAGCAAACAACGAAAAAAGUUCACAGAAGAAAUCUUCUCUCAAAAAAGUUCUACGGCUGGACGGACUUUCUGCAACCCAAACAUUACCUAAGGGAAUAUCAAUUUCGAGCGUUAGUCAGGACACAAGUUCGCCAUCAUCUGCUGCAAGCUUAGAAAAUUCGGAAGACGAGCAGCAAUCAUUUACUGGAUUCACAAGCGGAUUGCCUGCGCACCUCUUGAAGUCCAUUUCAGUGUCAGGGGCAUCUGUAACGUCUUUAAUCGCCAAACCCACUGAAAGUAACACCGAACGUGAAGAUUCUGUAGAUUUUGCUCAGCAGUGGCUGAAGAAACGACAGCAGCAGCUUCAAGUCAAAAGGGCUCGAGAAAGUGAAGACGAAUUAGACGACGAAGAAUAUUACGAAAGGGAUAAUUCAAAACAAGGAAAUAGCUCACCGAAUUUACAACAAGAAAAGCAAGAGGAGCUUAUCCGACGAAUAAAGCAGCAGAACUUGGCUGCAAAAGAGGAGUCAAAGGUUAGCACCAACGACUUGCUCCUAAAAUACUCGGGCAUCACUUUAUCUAACGCAGGCAGCUCUAUCGCCGGAACAGAAAGCUCUAGCAUCAUAAAACCUGAAUCUAGUUCAAUUAAGAGCUCUAGCAAUUCAGUAUCUAUUUCAGGAGGCACUGCCGGUAUUUCUCUGCCAGCAGGCUUAGGAUGCUCCAUCUCAUUUAAAAGCGUCACCGACUCUAAGUCAAAGGAUUUUGAAUCUGAAGAAGAAUCAGAUCUUGACGAACUUGAUAAUAAUAGCUCGUAUCUGCCUGAGUUGAAACAAACUACAGCCAACGCUAAUACUCGUAUUGAAGCUUUCAAAGACUUGAAUUCGUCGGUUACUUUUUCUAAUUCAAGUGUUGGUAGUGCAAGCAUUUCCUCCGAUUCUAUCUCUAGAUUUCGAGCAAGCGACUUGAUCGCCGAACAAUCGCGUAUCAUUCCAAGUGUAUCUUCACUAAUUGGAUCUUCCUCUAUCUCCAUCGAACCCUCGACCAGCUUCAGCAAAGAGAGCACAUUCACGAUCACAGACACUGACUCCGUAAGCAAUUCCGUUCAGAGCUCUCGACGCUGCUUGGAGUGCAAUGCCGUGUUUGAGAAUGGGGCUAAACUUCGCCUGCAUAUCCUCAGUUCUCACUCUGCCCGUCCUGCGUCUUCAGAUGUCGCUAGUAGCGUUGCUGAAUCUUCGACUGGUGACAAAGACAACGUAAGACCUUGUGUAACAAAGCCUGCUCACUUUAUUAAGUGUUCUGUGUGCCAUUUACCUUUUACCAACACUUAUUAUUUACAGAAACACAGAAUUGAAGUUCACUCUUUGCCAAAACCUUCAAAUAACGGUGAGAGUGACGAAGCUGUUCCUAGAGUUAAGCCAAGACCGUUUAAACUCGUGUGGAGGUGUCGUAGGUGUAGUAUCAAACGUUUUAGCACCUUUAGGUUAUUUGAGAGUCAUCACUUGGCGCACAUCAAAGCUGUUAAUGCUGGCAUCCGUUUGGAAAAACUCUCUCCAGCUGAAGUACAAAAGUUUACGGGUGUUGGUCCUAAAGUAAAGAAGCAGUUAACUGGUAGGAAAAAGGGCAGAAAACCAAACGUCAAGAGGGCUAAAGGUUAUGAUAGUGACGCUGAUUUUACAGUAGCAGGUGCCAAACUUAAGCUUACCAUCACUCAGCCUCGCGAAGGCUCCAACAGGCGCAAUAAAAGAUCAAGUUUCUUCACCUCUGCUAUGAGUCAUCUGUUAGCCGACAGUGACGGUGAGGGAUUCGAAGGAGAAUUUGAAGAAGAUUUACCUGAUCUGCAUACUUUACCGACUGGUCGGGCUCUACCUAGUGCUGCAAAUAAGAGUUUAGACUCCCUGUCUGGACCAACAAGUGGUCAAGAAUUCAUGAGGAUUGAGGCCAGCGAGGGCACGGAACAAUAUAACAAAACGCGUGAAGAAUCUCCAGGUGGCACGCAUACCGGAGAGGCAGGAACUCCCGACGAAGGCUUUGACGACAACCCUGACGAUCCUGAAAGUAUUGGCAGUGUACCUGAGACCAGCAUGGGUCACUCAGAUUCGAGCAACUUCGGUGAUGAAACUUCAGCCGGUGCUGGUGCUGCUGACGCCAGGCAGCAGUCACCUGUAUAUGAUGAUUCGGGAAACCUGCAGAGCGAGCACAUUACUGACAAGUCAAGUGGUAACGGAGAAUUCGAUAACGCCUUCAAUAACCCGGCUAACUUGAACUUCGAUAAUGAGUCGGAAGGCGAACGACCGCCUUCAACUUAUCAGCCACAAUUUGAAUCAUUCACUGGAGAUUGGUUUCAAGAAUAUGAGUCAGGACCGCGCAUUGCCGCGGCUAUGGCUGGUACUGGUGCCGAAGGAGAAAGUUCUGAAAACUCUAAGUGGGCUGAAGGGAAUCACGUUAACGAACCUGAGGCCAGCCAGGAAAUUACUGAGAGUGGAGAACUCCAAGAAUCGGAAGGAACCCAACAAAGGCCGACCGAUCGGAAUGGUCUUUUUAGCCAGGCAGUGCUGGGGAACGAAAAUAGUGCAGCCGGAGGUAAUGGCCGAGGUGUUAGUGGUGGAAGCUUCGAGCAACUCUGUCUUAAUGAUUCCUUCAACCAAGAUCAACAAUCUCAAAAUGAACGAACAACCGAAGUUAUUCAAGAGAGUCACGCGGAAGGUGGUCAGCAGGAUUUGUUGUCAGAGCUUGAGUAUUUAAACAGAGGCGGCCAAUCUACUAAUGACAGUGGCCUAAGCGGGGAUAAUUCACGUGACUCUCAGUCAUCGCAUGUAAACACUUCGCGUCCAGGUUCGAAUUCAAGCUGCCAGUCGGGUGGCCACCCAACUCCACCGCCAGAUACAUCCUUCCGUUCCUUAGCAUCUAGUCCCCUGCAGGCGCCAAAUUCUCCAUCGAUUGGAUCAUCUGUUCUCUCUGGCGGCACUACUUCACCCAUGCAGGGUGUGUCCCUCGCCCAAACAUCUUCCUCUCAUCUUGCCGGUGCUUCUCAAAUGGUCGGAUCUCCUCACAUAGCUGGGUCGCCUCACAUGACUGGAUCGCCUCACAUGGGUGGUUCACCAAGUUUGGGGGGAUCACCACGAUCAAUGACAGGUUCCCCACAUCUUGCCGGCUCGCCUCAACUUGCUGGUUCGCCGUUAUCUCAGACUCAAAGUCUACAGAAUCAACUGCAAACGCCUCCAGAAGCCCGACUGACAAUCGCAAAUAAUUUGAUGGCAAGCUCAGGCUUGAAUGGUAAUAUUCCUAAUUUAGCAACUAGCACCAGCCUUUUGACCAAUACUUUUAAUCAGUGGCCAUCAGUUGCCACAACAUCCAGCUAUUCAGGUUCUUUCUUGAGUAGCAACGGUUUUGAUGGAGCAAUGAGGGCCCCAAUGCCUCCUGGUGUAUCUGUUCCCUAUCGUCCGUCACCUCCUCCUCGCGUAAGAGGCCGACCGCCACUCAUCGGUCACGGUGGGCGGCCGCCUACGAUGAGAGGUCCUGGCCGACCGUUGGGCUCAAGUAUUCUGCCUCCUCCGCUCAUGCCUGCACCCGGUGGGCGUGGGUCGAUGAUGCCUUCCCUGACACGAUUACCGGGCUACAAUUCUCAGCCACGUGGAGGGUCGCACAUGUCUGGCCAAAAACGUCAUUUACCUGGACAGCAAACCGGACUUUCCCCAAGUAAAUCUCAGAGAAGAGAUGAUAUUAACGUGCCAUCAAGGCAAAAAGACAAUGAAUGCCAAAUAAUUGCUGUAGCCAAUCGUGGUGAUGGCUUACCAGUCAUCUCAAAUGUGCAAGGUGGUAGGGAAGAACGAAGGCAAUCCCAACCAACUGGAAACGGCGGUGGCGGUGUGGGAAGCGGGGAGUCCACUAUUCACCUCAGCGACUCGAUCACUCUGAGUGUGCGAUCGUCUAGUGCCAACAAAGAGCCCGCCAGAGGUGAAAGGUCAGGUGACGCAGGCACUGUUGCUAACUUAUUAGCGUCUAGAGGGAUCACGGUUACCCCGGCUGCUGGCGAUAAAAACGAUGGAGGUCGUGACGAGAGAAGAAUACCGACUGCGAGUGAUUUGAAUCUUUCGUCGGCAAUAUCCGUGCACCCUCCGACCUCUCGAGACCGUGACGGUUUUGCGGUGCCACAAGCGCCGAGCACUCGCAAUAUCUCAUCCAAUCGUGAAAUAGAAAGACCACCACGACCACCGACAGUUGAUCUUACUCGUGAUGUAAACCCAACUGGAGCUCAACCAAAUAGAGUUAAAUGUUCUCAGUGUGACCGAUCAUUCUCUAACCAGGCCUUGCUCGCCGAUCAUGCUAAAGUUCACCAGCAGGCGUCUUCUGCACGCAUGCCGUACAAAUGCCAUCUCUGCACUGCAGGAUUUUCUACGCAGAAGGGCCAGCAACACCAUUACCAGCAAUUUCAUCAGCUUCACUUAUCAACAAACGACGUUGCAAUCCCAGUGGUGGAUUUACGCAAUCCUGUUAACGUUCAACGCAUGGCGGCUCUCGGAGUGCGAUCAUUCUUACCGCUCACAAACCUACAAAAUCGAGGAGGCGGUGGUAUUGUCGGAAUUCCUUUAUUGACGUUAGAGAAUUUGCGUAAUGGUCAGAUGACGUUACAACAAUGGGGAGUUAAUGAUGUCCUUACACUGGGUCCGCCUAAGACCCUCAAUAUGCCUAGAUGACGGUCACCCGCUGGACCCCAGAUCGGGUCCAGCGGUGUCCAAGGAAGCAUUAGGCAUCCUGGGGUUGGGCUCCCUAACCGCCAUCCUGCCCCUUAAAACGUCAUCUAAUUAAUGACGACUUAAUCUUAGCAUUGAUGCACAUACAAAUACUCAUGAUUACGAUUAGAGUGUAAAUCUUGUUACCAGACAUCAUGCCUCCAUAGUAUAUUAAAUCCUUUAUUGUUCUAAUCACGACAUCAAAUCAAGCAUCAAUUUUGAUUCAUUGCAUUGUGCCCAAAAUUUCCCAAAUGAUUUGAUUCGAUAUCUUCCUCUCCUCUUCGAGUAUUAAUUUCGUUCUGCUCGAACGAUUGUAAUCAUUAAUCAAGCUUAUUUUCCAUUCUUACUGGUGAUGAAAGGAAGACUAGUUGCAAGUUAGGAAUAUUAUCGCGCAUGAGCUCACUUUAUAUGAUAUGGUGCACCAAACAGUUUGCGAUUGUCAGGAGUGGCGUCUGCAUCUAGGCGUUAAAUCUCGUUAUUCAUUAAUAAAUAAUAAUAGCCACGGAUACUUCGUUUCUUAGUUUCCUGGCGAUAUUAAAAGGAAUAUGCGCGUGUGUCUUUUGUAGUUAUUGCAAAUAAACGUAUUAUUUUUCUACUAGUGAUUAGUACGUAAUGUAUUCUAUGCAGUUUUUUGUGCGCAAUAUAUGUUCUUCUCUCCCCACCUUAUAGUUGAUGGUAGCCGUCUCGUCUGCUGUUAUUAUUAUGGAUGUAUUUAAAUUUUGUAUGUAACGACUAACGUGGGGGUGUAAAAUGACUGAACUAUCUUAUUUAAUAGCCAAGUCGAUGUAACGGAUUAAGAUUUAUACAAAAUCAAUGUUUAAGCCUUGUCAGUUGUGUCUGGCACUCGUAUGUGUACGCUGUUGUACAUUGUUAGUCGAGUGUUAUUCUUAACUUUCACGUUCGAUGAUUCUUUUACUUUGAUGUGUGUAUUUUGAUGACGGGAAGCAUAUAGCUAAAUCAUUCAUUCAAAUCAUAACAUCGUUUUUUUAGAGGAUAAGUAUUUCAGUUUCAGUUGCUAUGUCUACUUUCAUAUUUUUUAUACGACAGGAACGUAAAAUUUAGUUAUAUUUUACCAAUGAGUAGCCAGUUCUGAUCAGCCAGUUCAAACGAUGCCAUUUCAAUCGUGCUCCUAUUUUCAUAUUUCUCUGGAAACAGAUUAACCUAAUAGUUGGAUAAUGUGGUAUAUUGCAAUCGAACAACAAAAAAGCUUAUGCUCUGGCAAUGGCAGCUGGAUGGUAGAAUUUUAUUUUGCUGGCGAACCUUUUCUUUAUUGAAGCGGUACUGAUUUGUUUCAUGCCAUUUGAUGUUUUAGUUGUUCAAUCACUUAUGUGAAUAAGAUGACGGAAGUUA